GUUGCAACGGGAUCGCGGCGCCAUGGUGGCCCGGAGCACGGACAGCAUUGACACAACGGGAGAGGGUCAAGUCCGCUCCUUGGGGAAUGCAACCAGCAACAUCAAGGGCAAGCCAACCAAGAGGCUUUCCAUCACACGGGGCCAUUUCCCCAAGCUGACAGAGUGUGCCCAUUUCCACUACGAGGCUGUGGACUUCGGACACAUCCAGCUGCAACUUGCACCAGAGCAGAAUGAGAAUCUCAGCAACUUGGAAGAGGGAGACCUGCUGUUUUCUAUUCAAGUCACCUGUCAGGUGAAGAACUGGCAGGUACAUCGCAGCUAUGAGGAAUUCCGCACUCUGGAUGCUCACCUGCAUUGCUGCAUCUUUGACAGGCGCUUCUCUCAGCUUCCGGAACUGCCGCCCCUCAGCCACAUGCGGGCUCACCCUGAGCUCCUGGUGCCCAUGCUUUCACAGUACCUCGAGAAGCUAUCGGCCAUUGUGGACAGCAACAUCAACUGUGGCCCAGUCCUCACUUGGAUGGAGAUUGAUAACCAUGGCAACCGGCUGUUGGUGAACGAGGAAGCUUCUAUCAAUGUCCCUGCCAUUGCAGCAGCUCAUGUGGUUAAGCGCUACACAGCACAAGCAUCUGAUGAGCUUUCCUUUGAGGUUGGAGACAUCAUCUCCGUGAUCGAUAUGCCCCCCAAGGAGGACAGGAGCUGGUGGCGUGGAAAGCAUGGAUUCCAGGUGGGGUUCUUUCCCAGUGAAUGUGUGGAGCUGUUCUCGGAACGUCCCAGUCCAGGACUCAAAGCAGAUGGAGAAGGGAUGAGCUGUGGAAUUGCCAGGCCUCAUGGCCUCCUUUCCCCAACUUCAGUGUCCAAGAAACAUGGCAAGCUCAUUGGAUUCCUGCGCACCUUCAUGAAGUCCAGGCCCAGCAAGCAGCGCCUGAAGCAGCGCGGCAUCCUCCGAGAGCGGGUAUUUGGCUGCGAUUUGGGCGAGCACCUCAAGAACUCGGGCAGUGAUGUCCCACAGGUACUACGUUCCUGCUCCGAUUUCAUUGAGAAGCAUGGCGUUGUAGAUGGCAUCUACCGCCUCUCUGGCGUCUCCUCCAACAUCCAGCGUUUGCGGCACGAGUUUGACAGUGAGCGGGUGCCUGAGCUGUCCAGAGACGUCUACUUACAAGACAUCCACUCAGUCAGUUCUCUCUGCAAGCUCUACUUCCGGGAGCUGCCAAACCCACUGCUCCCCUACCAGCUCUACAACAAGUUUGCUGAGGCUGUGUCAGUGCCUGGGAAUGAGGACCGCUUGGUGCAAGUACAUGAUGUCAUUCAGCAGCUGCCUCCACCACACUAUCGGACCCUGGAAUUCCUGCUGCGGCACCUGGCACGCAUGGCUAUGCACAGUCAAAACACCAGCAUGCACAUCCGCAACUUAGCCAUCGUUUGGGCACCCAACCUGCUGCGGUCGAUGGCACUGGAGUCUGUUGCUCAGUGCGGGGCUGAUGCCUUCCAGGAAGUCCGCGUUCAGUCCCUCGUGGUCGAAUUCCUCCUGAACAACGUCCAAGUUCUCUUCAGCGACACUUUCACCUCCGUCGGCAAGGACAGCGCAGGGCGCUGCUUUCUUCCCCGACCGAAAUCCCAGUUGGUCAGCUGUCCCUCCACCCGGUUGCUCUCCUUGGAAGAAGCACAAGCACGCACCCAGGCCCUGUGCAAGAUUACCAAGCCAGAAGUCAGGCAUGGAUCCUCUGACCUGCAGGGCCAAGGGAAAUUCUCUGCUGUAUUGGGCUCGCCUGACACCAGGCAAAAGGCCGAAAGUAAUGGGAGGCUGCGGAAGACGUCUGGUCCUAGCUGGAGGGCCUUUUUUGCCAUUGGCAAAGCGCCGGUCACGUUCCGCAAGAAAUCGCACCGCCUUGGGGAGCUUCUUGGGUUUGGAGAGCCUCUGCCAGGGGGCCAAGCUGAGACCGUCACCCUGCGAUCAGCCAAGAGCGAGGAGUCCCUGACAUCGCAGGCCAGUAUGACAGGCCUCCCCAAGCUGCCAUGCCUACGACGCCCACACUCCAGCAGCGAUGCCUUCCCCGCCCUCAAGCCGUGCCGCUCGUGCUCUUCUCUGGGCUCCUCCGAAUCCGGCCGGGGUGAGGGCCUGGCCGCCGGGAAGGGAGACGUGGCUGCACGGCGCCGUUCCUCCUGGCUGGAAGGGGACUCGGAGCUGGACUCGGAGCUAGAGCUGAGCCCCCCCGGCCUCCGGGGCUUGGACUUCGACCCGCUGACCUUCCAGUGCAGCCCUCCCCCUCGGCGGCCCUCGCUCUCGGACGGCUCCGGCUCGUCGAGUCCCGUCGGCGCCCUCUCGCCCUGCUCUCCCCCCACCAUCGGCAAGGACACGUCAGAGCCAUUGCCCGUCUCCCUGCCUGACAAGGUGCUGGAAAUGUUUGCUGGAGGCGAGGCUAGGGGGCUGAAUGUGCGCGCCUCCCCACCACACAUGAUCUCCAUGCUGCUGUGUGCUGCGGGCGGACAGCUCAGUGACAGUUGUGAACGUGAAGUCCGCUGCAAGAUCACCCAAGCCAAAGGUCGCAUGUCUCCACACAGUCCAAAGGCAGAAACUGCUCCCACAUCUCCUGGCGCACUGUCCGUCCUGCGGCACAUCCCCCCGCCUCCUCCCCCUAAAAACCCAGCUCGGCUGAUGGCCCUGGCUCUGGCUGAGAGUGCGCACCAGGCAGCCCUGCAGCAGAAGCAACAGGCCGGCCGCGGGCAGAGGGAACACCGGACGCACUUCCGACGCUCCCUGUCGCUGGAGUGCAAGGCAGGAGAACUGACGAGUGGUGCACGGGCGCUCUACUCCAUGGUGCGCCCCAGCCCCAAGGCCUCCGGCCCCUUGUCACUGCAAGGGCAGGCCAGGGGCCGGAGCGUAGGCAACCAGGGCCGUGACCCCCAGGGAGGAAACCAGGUGCCGCUCAGCCAGGCCUCUCCCUUGGGCAGCUCGGAUUCCUUUUCCCCCUACCGGAGGGUCCUCGCAGACCUAGUCCAGCGAGACGCUCAGCCUCAUUCCUUCUCGGACCCCUACCACCUGUCUUCCCCAUCCCCUGCCUCGCCCACUGCCUACGGCUUCCACCACCCAUCGCCUCCCCUGUCGGUCCCGUACCUGCCCCCUCGCCAGCCCCAAGACUGCUAUCCCUUAUCCAGCCAGUCACCUGCCCCGCCAAAGCCUCCUCCGCCUUCGCAUUUCCCUCUGGGGCCCAGUCACUUGCCCCUCAAAAGCCGGGCUCCUUCUUUCCAAUCCUACCUCCCGGAACGACAGUUCCGGCACCACGGCCGCUUCCCGGCCUCCUCUCCAGCGGGGAUGAAUGGGGUGCCUCCUCCUCCUCCUCCCCAGCUGGAGCACGAGAAUCUCUAUUACGAGAUUGUGGGGGACCCUCCUGCUUACCCAGGUCUGGCAAGGCCCUGGCCGUCCUGCCCUCCCCCAGAGUACCUGGCCACCUUCAACGCCUCCUACGGGGUGUUUGAGAGGCCGUGGCGCCCUCCCUCCCUCCCUCCCGGCCCCUCCUCCCUUCAACCCAUCUUAAAGAGCCCCCGAACGCGCCCCCACCUGACGCCUCCCGCCGCCUCCCAGCAGGAGCCCAUCUACGUCAACGUGCCCUUCCCCGAGCCCGCCUCUGCCACCCCCGCUCCUUCCCCGCCGCCUGAAGCGGCCCACCCCCGCAGCCUUUCUGAUCCUGGGGCUGCCCAGCCCCUGCCCCUGCCCCACCACAGCAGGCCCCCCUUGCCCCAGAAGCAGAGGCUCGGCUGGGGGUAUCCGCCCGCCAGGCAAUACCGCCAGCUCAUGGAGGCUUUGCCGUGCAGCCGUACCGUGUUGCAGUUCUACCGCCCCCCUGCUGCCGCCCCCGCCUGCUGGGGCCGCCCCCCCUACGGCCCAGAGCCCAUCAUCACCUACGACGGACCGCCUGGCCGCUCGGAGAGCCUGGCCUCGGCGCCCCCCUCAUCCCUGCGGAAGCUGGACGAGUCGCCCCCGCAGUACGGCAAUGUGGAAAGGAGGGAGGGGUCUCCGUCCGGCUGCUACCUGGGGCCCAGUUGGACAGUGUACACAGAGGGCCAGACGCACAGCUACUGCUGAGAGACAGAGCCCCACAGGGGGCACAUCUUGAAUUCUCGGGGCUGGGCUCCGGGCUUCCGGCCUCCUCUCUUUUCCCUCCGGUGUAAUUCUGUUGUGGUCCUCUUUGCUGUGAAAGGAAAAGCAGGCGCCGGAGGGGAGGCUCUGUCGCGACCGGUGGUGGCGAUGUCACGCCCAGGCCCCUCGUCGGCUGCUGUGCCUGCCCGUCUUCAGGACUUCUCUGCAAUUGUUUGAGAGCACAUGAAUCUCUGAAGGCAGCUCCGGCUCCCGCAUGAUGCCCUACACAAGAAGACCAGCGUGACCUCAUGUGCGGGGCCUUUGACUCGCAUCACUUCCGCCUCUCUGAUGCUGUAACAGCUCUGCCAAUUUCAUCAUGCACAAAUCGUCCUGGUUAUGUUAUGAUCCAUGUUGCAUCUCUCUCUCUCUCUCUCUCUCUCUCUCUCUCUCUCUCUCUCUCUCUCUCUCUCUCUCUCUCUCUCUCUCUUUCUCUCUUUCUCUCCCCCCCUCCACAAAUCCCCUGCCCCAUCAACAGUGGAUUCUUUACAUCUUCCAAGCUUUCAGCCCCGAUGGCAUGGGUAAAAGGCACAUGGUUGAACCCCACUGGAUUCCAUCACCUGCUCUGCUUUGGUAACGCUGCUCCUAAGACAUCCCCGUAUGUUUGCAGGGUCUGACUCCUACUGCUAGCCCUGCGCACUGAGAUGCAGUGUGCCGAGCCAGCACAGUGGGGCGCUGUUGGCCUUGCUAUGCUCAUGUACUGUUUGAUAUUGCAGGCUCUGAAAGUGGAAGGCAGGGAUUAACGGUGCAGCCAUUAUUCCCCUAAGAAUAUAUAUAUAUAUAUUUUCAUCAAGUAUUUGCAGUAAGGAUGAGUUCUAACUUUUUUUUUAACCGUUCUUUUAACCCAAUUAAAACAUUAACA